AUGCCACCAAAAAUUCAACAAGCUGCUACAACAAUUGAACACCUUCAUCAGCCUAUAUUCGAUGAAAAACUCAAGGAACUUUAUGAAAAGAAGAAAUUCUACGCAGUAAUCGAAAGAUUUCCUGAAUUAGAAAACGAAGAAGAAGACAUUAAAGCUAUAGAAAAAAACGUUCAGAUGGUGGUAAAUGACAAAAAUUUCAAGGAUAUUAAGACUUUCGAAGUAAAAAGGCACGGAAUUAAGAAGAAAAAUAAUUACAACCGCAUCAUCAAAGUAAAAUUUUCGACUCCUUCUGCAGCACAUUCUUUUAUCAAUCAAUAUAGAGCCAUACACCAACCUAAAUUAGGUGGGCAUAGUCCAUUCGCAAGAAGGGACUUGACCCCUCCUGAACUACAACUACAAAACUUCCUUAAACAGCAGGUUAAGGAAAUCAAUCAAAAACAUGGAAAUGGCACUGCAUGUUACCGUAAUCUUAAAAUUUAUUAUAAAAAGAAAGUGAACUUGGACUAGGAUUUAGGGACCUCACAGAAAAAUAUUCAAAAAAAUAUAAGCAAAUUUAAAAAUUUUAAAUGCCUUCUUCUAAAUAUACGCUCCAUUAAUUCAGAUAAAAUCGCAUAUAAAUUAUUUGAGCUAGAAACUUAUCUAAAUAAAAACAAUAUUUAUCUCACAUUUUUAUGUGAAACCUGGCUAAAUGAUCAAAUAUCCAGCGAAACUCUUUUAAUCUCCGAUAACUAUAAAUUCUUAAGAGUAGAUAGAGUUAAAGCUAGAGGCGGAGGUGUAGGUGUAUUUUAUAGGAAGGAACUAAAAAUCGUAACUUUACCAAACCUUUCAGUAUCAGAAUUUAAUCAUGAACUACUAACUUUUGAUAUUUACUCAGAAUU